AUGCGCGAGAUCGACAACGACAGCGACGGUGGCAUACCCCUCCACAACGAUCAGAAGUCUUGCAAGGGACUCAAAGAAUCCAUAGUAAACCUGGAAGAGCUUGUGAACCCCAAUCGGUCUGAUUACGAACAUGUUGGAAAGAAGCUUAUUCGCAUAAACGAAUUGAUGAAGAAUAUUGAUCCCAAGUACGACGACAAGCGACCUUAUGAAAGAAUCAGGAUCACUCGCAGGGAGUACCCUGACACUGGCGAGGAGAUCAAGCCGCUAGGGACGAAGUAUGAGAUUGCAACCAAGAUGGGGAAGAAGUCCAACGGGAAAGUUGACUGGCUCAUGGGGGAAUUCACGCUACUGGAAGAUGCAGUGGAAAAAACGCUGCAAGGGGUGGAGCGACAACUGCAGAUCAAGAAGGCAGGCAAGGUAUGA